AUGAGCCAGCACAUUGGGAAGCUCUAUGGAUCUGCAGUGUCUUCAUUUCUCUUCUUCUUACUGAUGGAUGCUGGUGUUAGUGGUGGAAAUCCAAGCAAGGAGAGUGCAGCUGUAUCUCACAGGGCAGCACAGCCUCCACUGUUGACAACGCCUGAGCCAUGGCACAUUUUCGUGACUCAAACACCAGCCAAGGAAAAAGCCAAAGAGGGGGAAACUGUGGUCUUACAUUGCCACUUUAACAGUCCGCAACAUCCUUCCCUGGCUGACCUGACGGUGAAGUGGUACAAAGAAGACGAAAAGGGGCAGAUGGACCUUCUAGAAAACAACGUGACCAUCUUGCCAAAUAACUCUAGGGUUUUCCUGAGUGGCGACUUGUCCCAGGGGGAUGCCUCCCUGGUGAUCCUCAAUGUGACGACUGGUGACCACGGAAUCUAUUUCUGUGAGGUUACACUUCCAGACGGGAAGGUGGUGACAGGAGAUGGCACAAAGCUGAGGAUCAGGAGGGCUCUGGGCCUGUUCGGUAUCGAAGAAUCCAUUGGAACGAUCAUCGGAGUUGUGGCGGCGGGUAUCGGAGGCGUGGUGAUCCUGAUAAUUGUUCUAACCCCGCAGCUAAGGAGGUGUGCCCUCUGCAUGAAGCAAGGCUCUCACCAAGCUCUGGCAGCUGUUCUAAUAACAGUAAGCUGA